UCACAUUCAAACGUCACUUUCCCUUUUUGGGGUACUUUUCCCGAUUCAGUGUACUCUGUCAAAUAUAGGAGCGUUUUUACCGUUCCAGACAUAGCAUUGUCUCUGUCUCUGACGAGAUUUUCAGUGGCAUUGGCAAGAGGCGGCUGAAAAGAAGAACGAGAAGGAUAAAAAGGUGACAGCCGUGAAGGCUAUCGUGAGUGAUUGGAGGUGAAAACGUGUCCCAGACUCCGUAAAAUCCAUCCUCAAGUCUUACCCAGAGGCAUAACCUGGUGAGUUGGGGGCUCAUUGGGUAUUCAAAUAUUUUGGCCCAGCUGACGAAGGAAUUUUGUGAGCAUAAUACAAAAGGGAGACCAGCAGCCAGAGAAAUCUCUGGGUAAAUUGAAGCAGGGGGAUAGGAAAGGGACGGAGCAGUAGUCAGUGGAGUGCAUCCAGGAGUUUUUGUGUAGUUGUGUGGGUGUUUAUAAAUUGGGGACUGCAUAGAUGGCGGUACUGCCAAGGCGUAUCAUCAAGGAGACGCAGCGUCUCCUGCAAGAACCAGUGCCUGGUAUCAGUGCUGUACCAGACGAAAGCAAUGCCCGGUACUUUCAUGUGAUUGUCACGGGUCCAGAGGAUAGUCCAUUUGAGGGGGGCCUCUUUAAGUUGGAAUUGUUCCUGCCGGAAGACUAUCCCAUGUCGGCACCAAAGGUUCGCUUCAUCACUAAGAUCUACCAUCCCAAUAUCGAUCGGCUGGGUCGAAUUUGCUUGGACAUCCUCAAGGACAAGUGGAGUCCAGCCCUUCAGAUACGCACUGUCCUCCUAUCGAUCCAAGCCUUACUCAGUGCCCCCAAUCCCGAUGAUCCACUAGCAAAUGAUGUUGCUGAACUGUGGAAGGUCAAUGAGGCCGAAGCCAUUCGCAAUGCCCGUGAAUGGACCCAACGCUACGCCAUGGACAAUUAAUUCCAGCCGCGACACCUUCUUACGCCCUUGCCCUGCUCCUUCAGUAUCCAUCAAUUCCCCAAUCCUCACUCCCUCUGCUCUCCUAACUCACAUCGGGCGCUAUGAUAAAUAAAUGUAAUUUAAUCGAUUA